AUGGCCCCCUCACCGCAGGAGAUGUCUCUGUUCCUCGACCCGCUGGUCCCAGAAUCUCUUACACACAACACUCGCACGCUGUCCAACAUCCGCUCCAUCUCCGGUCUCCUCCUGGGCAUCGCCGCGGGCAUCUUGGGCCUCGAAUCGCUGUAUGGGUUCGGCUUCUACCUUCUCUGCAACACGCUGAUCUCGGCGCUGUUCUACUUCCUGCUCGCCCGGGGCCAGCCUCAGCGGUUCUUUGCGGGCACGGCCGGGUCGCGCGGCCUGUAUGAAAAAGAUGGCAAGAGGCAAGGCAGAAACGAGGGCACAGGGGCGUGGCGCGAGAUUUGGCUCGGCGGCGGCCUGUUCACCGAGGCCCUGAGUGGUUUUGUGCUGGGAUGGGCCGGCGUCGGCGGUGUGAUCAGAUAA